UGCUGGGGACCCAUCAGUGAAUAAGGUGAAAAUCUUUGUGCACAUAGAGUUUAUAUUCUAGUAGUGUGCAAAAUAUGUAGCCCUAGAGAUCCCAGUGCAGUACAGGAAUUGGCAAGGCCACUAGCUUAGCACCUGGUGCACAGUGGGGCUCAGGAGAUGGAAGGGAAAGGAAGAUCCUGGGCCAGCAGCAGAGUGGAAUCCCAGUAGAGGGACUAGGACUGCUGAAAUCCUGAGUAGCAAUCACUAUCACCAUCCAACAGCCGCAAAGAACAGUAGCCCAGAGCAGGCGCUGCUCUGUUCUCAUAUCUCAUUUAACCCUUACAGCAACACGAGGAGUUUAGUGCUGUUGUUUUCAGUUUUCAGAUGGGAACUAAAGCAGAGAGAGGUUAAGUAGCCUCAUCAAGGUGAGUGAGCUGGGAUCCCAGCUCAGGCCAUCCGGCCCCAGUGUUGGUAGGAUUGGAUCUGCAAGUAGAGAGGGCAGCACAGGUUGCUAGGUCUCAGGAUCAUACACAACCUGAACUUCAGACAAAUUAGAAAGAACAUAUGCCCCUCCUAACACCCACACACCCAAGACCCACUAUACUCAAUACACACUUCAAGGCUACUAAGGGCCUAGGAGGAACAAGGGGGUCAGCUGUGGGGUGCGCCAUCCCCAGGGCUAGUCCAUCCCAAUGGUCUGUCUCCUCCAUAAUAUUACUCCACAAGGCUUUGAAUCAGCCCUCCUGGGACCUUAAGUCAUUGUCUCAAGGCCUGUGAUUCCACCCAGAAACCACAAAUAAAAUAAUGAAUAUUGUAAUCCUGAGAAGCUUUAACAGAGGCACUAACACUUCCACACUGCAGCUGGAGGCCAAGAAAGCAACUAUUCAAGAAGCAGGAGAUGAAACUGGAGGGUCCAGAGAAGAGAUGGGACCCACAGUAGCAGACGUUCGGAAAGGGGGAACCAUUACCAAUUUACAAGACCCUUCCACAUCCUUUCUAACCUUUCUUGGCAUAUUUAACAUUGUUCAAAUCUUACCUUAUACAAGGAAGAAACUGUCAGACCAUGUUGUCAAAGGGGGAAUUUGAAUCUCAGAGGGAAACAGGAAGUAUUCAAGAUCACACACAGGGCUAGGAGACAGGUGGCUGAGAGCCUUCCUCCCUAAUAAUAAUAGAGAAUGGGAGGAAGCAGGGGGCGGUGUAGGAGGCAAGCAGCAAAGAACUGGAGAGGCAGAUGCAAAUGUAGAAGACCCCACAGCAGACAGAUUCUUCCACUUUAUCUUCAGGGCAGGCAGAGCUGGGCCUCCUGAGAUGCAAACCAACAUUGCAUUCCCUCUGUGGGGUGAUCAGGGCCGCACUAUCCUCACUCCCUCAUUCCCAACCCCAGGCAAACUACAUUCGACUGCGUUCUGAAGGAUCGACACCCCCCACAGGAGGGAUCAGACAGCACUUGGCAGUUUCCAGUCGCCCACUCCUCUGCAGUCAUCUAUUGAAGACAUGGGAAAUCAAGGUCCAGAGACAAGAAGUGCCUCUCCAAAAUUCCAUAGCAACUCAAGCUCAGAAAUCUAAGCUUCCUGACCAGAACUUACUAGACAGGGACCUCUGCUUCAACCUUCUCUCUGGAGAUAUAAUAUUCAUUUUUUGGCUGUGCUGACACUCACUCAAGAAACUUGGGGGGGAUUUCGCCUGUACAACGUGAGUCUCACAAGUGCAGGGAUUUUUGUCUGUUGAUCCCCGAUGUAUCACCAGCCCCUAGAACAUUGUCUGCCCCAUAGAAUGUGCCAAUAUAUACAAAUCAAGUAAUUGUAUGCCCAGAGAGACAGGCACAGGAGAGAUACUGAAACCUUAUCUUUAGAUCCGGAAGCCACGGACUUUAUUUUCAAAUACAUGAAAAGCUAAAAAUCUGAUCAUGUCUUCUUAUCAGGGUCCACUUUGUGCCAGGAACUGAACUUGGUGUUGGGGACUUAGUGAAAGACAAACAUGUUCAGACUUCGGGUGUAAGGAAGGGGUGAGGCUGUAAGUGAUCCCCAGCGCAACAUAGUACAUUUUGCAGUCUGAGCAGCUCUAAAAUGGUCUCGCGGCUCAGGUGGCGCGCUCAGCAGGACUGCAAUGUUCCUGCGGGGCGCCGGCCGCCCACCUGUCAGAGGCUGUGCCAAGAGAAUGCAGGAGAAAAGCUUUCUACCUUGGCUGAGGUCAUUUCCCACCCCCAGAUUCUCUGCCUCCAAAACCCUGCAAUUCUCUGACGCUGUAGACUUGGAUCUCGCUAUCUUCUGACUUUCAAGGUCUCCUGAUGCUGACAGCCCCAAAUUUUAAGUCUUCAGCCUUCCCACGCCAGGGACCCAAAAGAAAAAACAAGCGAACUCUGCAAGGGCCGCAUUACCCACUCUUCAGCAGGCCUGAGGGUAGGAAGUGUCCCCUUCCCCAUCUCGCAGGAGCUGUGGAGACAUAGCUCAGGCUCUGGGGUGUUGGCGACGUCGGAAGACUCAAGUCCCAGGGAUGGCAUUGACAGCGCCGUAACACGUGACGGGCUGUCACAUUGUGCAGCGGGUGAAGACGGGGCCGGCCCGUCACGUGACGGAGGAGGGGGCGCCAUGGGGUGAUAUGAGAUGCGUGUCUCUUAGAUUACGUGGAAUGACGCAUUCCCACCCCUUUUGGCAACUAGAUUUCAUCAGUCCGAAGAGGAGACAUUCCGGUCCAGGGGGCAGGCUCUCGGAUCCAGACAGUUUGCUUCCGUUCCCUCGCGCACCAGCUUCCGACCUCCGCCCUCCCCUAGGGCGAGGAAGAGCCGAGACCUGGUGCGCAUGCUCCAACCAUCCCAGAGGGGCGGGACUGCGGCUAGGGAGCGGGAGGGGGGAAGACAAGGGAAUUCAACCUGUAGAACUUUGGGGGUCCGGGGAUCGACUCCUUCCCUUCCACUGUGGAUGCUGCAGGAGGCGGGGCCUGGCAGUUCCUGGGGGUGUUGGGGUUCGCGGGGGAGGUGUCCGUGUGAGAGGGGUACAGGACUUCCGAACUUAGAAUAUUGAGGCUCUCGGGGUUCAGGCUCCGGGGAGAGGGAGCUCGGGCCGCCAUGCGCGACAGGACCCACGAGCUGAGGCAGGGGGAUAACAGCUCGGACGAUGAGGACGAGGUUCGAGUCGCGCUGGUGGUGCACCCGGGUUCAGCUCGGCUGGGGAGCCCGGACGAUGAGUUCUUCCAGAAGGUCCAAACUAUUCGGCAGACUAUGGCCAAACUGGAGAAUAAAGUCCGGGAGUUGGAGAAACAGCAGGUCACCAUUCUGGCCACGCCCCUUCCCGAGGAGAGCAUGAAGCAGGACCUGCAGAACCUGCGUGAUGAGAUCAAACAGCUGGGGAGAGAAAUCCGGGCACAGCUGAAAGCCAUAGAGCCCCAGGAGGAAGCUGAUGAAAAUUAUAACUCAGUCAACACAAGAAUGAAGAAAACCCAGCAUGGGGUCCUGUCCCAGCAAUUCGUGGAGCUCAUCAACAAGUGCAACUCAAUGCAGUCUGAAUACCGAGAGAAGAAUGUGGAGCGCAUUCGGAGGCAGCUGAAGAUCACCAAUGCUGGAAUGGUGUCUGAUGAGGAGCUGGAGCAGAUGCUGGAUAGUGGGCAGAGCGAGGUGUUUGUGUCUAAUAUACUGAAGGACACACAGGUGACGCGACAGGCCCUAAAUGAGAUCUCAGCCCGACACAGUGAGAUCCAGCAGCUGGAGCGCAGUAUUCGUGAGCUUCAUGAGAUCUUCACUUUCCUGGCUACUGAGGUGGAGAUGCAGGAGGAGAUGAUCAACCGGAUUGAGAAGAAUAUCCAGAACUCAGCGGACUUUGUGGAACGUGGUCAGGAACAUGUCAAGAUAGCACUUGAGAACCAGAAGAAGGCGAGGAAGAAAAAAGUUAUGAUUGCCAUCUGUGUUUCUAUCAUUGUCCUCAUUUUGGCUGUCGUCAUUAUCAUCGCUACGGUAGUUGGAUAAUGCCACAUAUUUUUGGCACUGGGAGUAGCAGGGACCCAGGUCCUGACCUUCCCUCCCAACAGCUGUGGAGGCAGUCCACAGCCUCCAGCCAACCCUAUCCUCACACUGACCUCCAUGCAGAGGGGCAUAUAGCUCUUGGGGUCCUUCCCCUUCAAGCCACAAUGCCUGGGAGAGGGCCUGCAGUGUCCUUUUGGGCAGGAACACAUGGUUUUGUAAAAAAAAAAAAAUAUAUAUAUAUAUAAAUAAAUAAAAAGCUUUGGAGCCUCCUG